CCAGAAAUGCCUCUGGUAUGUUUGGCAGACUUCAAGGCAUAUGCACAGGAUCAGCUGUCUAAGUCGUCAUGGGAAUUUAUUGAAGGAGAUGCUGAUGAGGGCAUCACCCACAAGGACAACAUCGCAGCCUUUAAAAGAAUCCGCCUCCGACCCCGAUACCUGAGAGAUGUCUCAAAGGUGGACACCAGGACCACAAUCCAAGGGCAGGAGAUCAGCGCACCCAUUUGCAUCUCACCCACGGCCUGUCACUCUCUUGCCUGGCCAGACGGAGAAAGGAGCACAGCCAGAGCUGCUCAGGAGCUCAACAUCUGCUACAUCGCCAGCAUUUAUGCCAGCUGUGCCCUGGAAGAUAUUGCUGCUGCUGCCCCGGGAGGCCUCAGAUGGUUCCAACUCUGUGUGCAGUCAGAUUGGGAGCUCACCAAACAGCUGGUUCAGAGGGCAGAGGCUUCGGGUUUCAAAGCUUUGGUGAUCACUGUAGAUGUGCCAGUACUUGGCAAUAGGCGGCAAAACAUGAGAAACGAGCUGAGUUUGGAGCCAAAAGUAAUGCUGAAGGACCUCCGAUCACCUGAAGAGAGACUCUCCCCACCUCCUGCCAUCACGGCAUGGCCAAGCACAUCUUUCCGCUGGGACGAUCUCUCCAGGAUUCAGAGAAUAACUCGAUUGCCCAUUAUCCUCAAAGGGAUUUUGACGAAAGAGGAUGCAGAAUUAGCCCUGAAGCACAACGUCCAAGGCAUCUUUGUUUCCAACCAUGGUGGGAGGCAGCUUGACGGGGUUCCUGCUUCAAUUGAUGCCCUGACUGAAGUAGUGGCUGCUGUCAAAGGGAAAAUCGAGGUGUACAUGGAUGGCGGGGUUCGAACCGGCAGUGAUGUGUUGAAGGCACUGGCCCUUGGGGCUAGGUGCGUGUUUCUUGGGAGGCCAAUCCUUUGGGGCCUUACCUGCAAGGGUGAACACGGUGUUAAGCAAGUUUUAAAUAUUUUAAAAGCAGAGUUCCACACAUCUAUGGCCCUUUCAGGCUGCCGGUCCAUCACUGAGAUCACUCCAGACCUUAUUCAGUUCUCCAGAUUAUAAGGACCUACCGAGAUUGCCUACAGAAGAAAGACAAGCUCUCAACAUGGUGUGCAAUGCUGUUCAUCUUGGGCCCCAUCGUAGCUAGUAGUUUGAGCCCUGUAGCCUCAAAAUUAGAGAGGAAGGGAGAAAAUGUAUCUAACACCUCCCACAGGGUACAUUUGGGUGAAGGAAUAACAUCUAAUGUUCUACAGGAUAGCUAUAGUUAGUAGUUGACUAAGUCAAGUAGCCAAGGUCCAGCAAGAAACAAAAUAGUUAUAUCUGAUGCAACACCAGUUUCUUUCAUCUGAUGAUUAUGUAUAUUAUACAUUACUGAAAUGUCAUACUGUGCCAUAAAUAUGUGCAAUUACUAUGUAUCAGUUAAAAUAA